UUUCGAGCAGAGUUAAGAAAAUUAGAGAAAACAUCAGAGGAUGUGGAAAGGAUCAUCGCGAUCGCUAAACAAGAAGUGUCGGAGGCAACUAAACACGUGAUCACAAAGACGCGACAGCAAGAAAAGAAACUUUUAGAGUCCUUAGAAAUGACACGUAGGAAGAGACUAGAGCGAGUUAACUCAGCUAAACAAGAACGUGAAUCUCUGGUAAAACAAAUAGAGCAAGCAGUUGAAUUUGCGGAGAACCUGGUGCAGAAAUCAGCUGCAAAUAUCAUACAGAACAAAAACAAAUUAAGGCAGAAACUUGAAGAGCUUCGUGGAGUUGAAGUUCCAAAACAUCGCCAGGCUAUAUUUGUCAAAUUUACUGCCGCAUCGCAACACAACUUUAAACUGGGAUCUAUUCAGGUCUUCGAGAAGCCGGCAAUCGUAGCCAAAUCAACCAUCGAAGGACUGAAUCAAACUUUUCAGGCUAAUGUACAGGCAAAGUUAACGUUGUGCCCACGGACAUCUGGAGGAGAGAUGAGUGACUACCCUGAAGAUCAAGUCGAAUUCCUCGUAACACCCGCCAAAGAUGUGACAAACGUGACUGUUGAUGAGGAAUAUGACGGAAAUGUUAGGCUGAACUUUACUCCCAAAGUACCUGGGGCCUACAACAUUGAAGUGAAGAUUAAUGGCGAUAAACUACCGCCCUGUCCCAUGACUGUGCAGGUAAAAGAACGUGAACUUGUCGUGGUCGGUGAGUUGAAGUUAAAGCUCUUUCCGGGGGACAAGCUUAGAGGGUUAUUUGAAAUUGCUGUGAAUACAGAAGGCCAGAUAGUUGUGACAGAUAACCUUGGCAACUGUGUUUAUGUCUUUGACAAAAAUGGCAACUGUUUGAGAAAAAUUGGAGGCAGGGGUAGUAACAAAGGAUUAUUUCAGCACCCCGUUGGCAUUUCGUUUUUAAAUGACAACGAGGUCCUUAUUUCAGACUUCACAAAUUGCAAAAUACUACAACUAAAUAUUCAGACAGGAACUGUGGUGAAAAGUUUUGGAAAAUUCGGUAAAGAAAAAGGAGAGCUAACUAAUCCAGUAUACGUUACUGUGGAUGAUGAAGAGCGCAUUGUUGUAACCGAGAGUAGCAAUCAUAGGAUACAGGUGAUGUCAAAGGAAGGAAGAUCUAUUUUUACAUUUGGAGACAAAGGCCCAGAGAAACUUGCACGGCCAACCUGCUGCAUUUUUCACAAAAAUAUGUUUCUCGUAUCUGAUACAAGCAACCACUGCAUAAAAGCUUUUGAUCUGUCAGGAACAUUCUUAUACAAGUUUGGCGAACAAGGGGAUCAACAUGGACAAUUUCGAAGGCCGCGUGGUUUGCUUGUAGACAGCUCCAAUAAUCUUCUAGUAUGUGACACUGAAAAUAAACGAGUUCAGCAGUUUUCUUUAGACGGUCGCUUCACCGGCAAAUGUAUCACUCCUUUACCUAAGCCUAUGGCAAUAACAAAAGCACCAGACGGGCGUAUUCUUGUUACUAGCCAUGAUCAGAAAAAAGUGUACAUUUUGAAAUAGACUUUUUCAAAAGUGAA